AACAAAUGAACGGCCAAGUUAAUGCAGAACGUGAAUUUUGUAAGACUGGCUACUUAUUGUUGUACCUGCCAACUUAAUGCAAAAAGCAUUGCAAUAAAAGAGUUUACAGUGAAUGAUACGAUUUGCCAAGUAGCCCUGGAUGCAGCCCAUUCGUAAGAGACUAGUUAUAUAAGUCAAAGAGAGCCUCUGCUUGGAGGCAUCAAUCUCACAAUGGCAAACAUGGGCUUAAAAAUCGUUGCGUCCUUAGCAGUUGUUCUGCUAUGUUUUGCUUGUGAAGGAAAUGCAGAGAAGGCGGAAGCAUUGUUUGUGUUUGGAGACUCGUAUGCUGAUACAGGGAACCAUAAUCCCUACAACGCAACUGAUAAUGCACCUUGGAGAAGGCCAUAUGGAUUCAACUGGCCUGGUUACCCUGCAGGGAGAUACUCCUCUGGGAAAGUGCAAACAGAUCGUUGGGCUGAGAUCUUAGGACUUCCCACUCCAAUAGCUUACGAAAUGUUGAGAACUCACCAGUAUGAAGAGAUCCCAAAGAAGAUUGUUCAUGGGGUAAACUUUGCAGUUGGAGGAAGUGGAAUAUUGGCAGACUAUGGUUACAUAACUAUUUCUGAUCAGGUGAAGCAGUUCAAGAAACUCAUAAAUCAGACAGGUGUAUUUGGUUCAGAGGAAUUGGGUCGAUCAAUAGUGCUUAUCUCCAAUGCAGGCAACGACUACCUUUCUUAUAUAGAUAGCAAUGGAAAAAAUAUUAUGGGACUGGUGAGUUUGGUGUCACCUGUUGUAAGUGGCAUGAUGGAAGUUGUAAAGGAGUUAUAUGAAUGUGGAUUCAGAAAUUUUGUGGUGAGUAAUGUGGCAGCUUUGGGGUGCAUGCCAGAAGCUAACAGAACGUCAUGUGAAUCUUCAUAUGAGGAUUUCAUUCAACGUCAUAACAUGUUAUUGAAUGAAAGUGUGAUAAAGCUAAGAUAUGAUCUGGAAGGCUCCAGUAUUAUAAUUCCAAAUUUGACCUCUGCAAGCAACUACAUCUUUUCCAAUGCUCUAGAUUAUGGUUUUGAGGACUGGUUCCAAUCAUGUUGUGCGGGUGAGGGAGAUGCACAGUGCGCAGAAGUGGAUGAUAGAGGAGAUGCACUGUUUAAGAUGUGUGAAGAUCCAAAUAAAAGCUUCUAUUGGGAUAACAGGCAUCCAACCAACAAAGGAUGGCAUUCAAUCAUGUCCUUGUAUGCAUAUGGGAGUGCCAACGAAGGAAAGGAAUUGAGCUUUGUGGAAGGUGCAUUUAGCUUGACAGAAUGGGUGAAAUCUAUUGGUUUUGAUGCCUACAACAUCUCACCAAUUGAGACUGAUAAUCUUGUAAAAUACUCCUAUGUUGGGGGAGUUAGUUCCUAAUUAUCUCUGCCUGUAGCAUCUUGCCUAUUAAUAUAAAUAAAUAAAGCAAUCAUUGCUCUAUGAUAUCCAUCAAAAGAUAUUCAUCUUGACUACGAAUGUAUCAAAAUGUUUAAGAGUACAAUCUCAUGCUUUCAUUUUGUUUUAUGUUUCAACUUUUUAUUAUA